AUGGACUCGGAGUUUUUGGAGAUCCCCAACAUGGAGGAUAUCGUAACGGCUCCCGAGCCCGAACCCGAACCUCCGCGGCUGACCCAGUCCCAUUCAGAUGUCCACGCCCGACUAUCUGCGCCCCUUGAAAAAUACACCCUGUACGAGACGAAAACACGCCUGUAUAUCGUCGCGUCCAACGCCCGAGAAGUUCAAUUCAAGGUGAUGGAAAUCGAUAUGACCGGCCCCAAGCAGGACUUGACUCUCAUUGUCGACCCGGCAGUGUACACUCGAGCAGAGGUCAUGGAUGUUCUGGGCCACAUGGAAGAGGAGGGAGGAGGCAAUCUGACCAAGAGACUCACAGCUUGGGGCCUACUGGGUUUCAUCAGAUUCACAGAUGGGUACUAUAUGGUUGUUGUAACUAAACGGUCCGUUGUUGCUCUUUUAGGAGGCCAUUAUGUCUACCAUAUCGACAAAACAGAGAUGAUCCCAUUGUCGAGAGGAGGAGAUGAGGGCAAGACAAAGAGCAAGUCAGCAGACGAGGCACGUUAUAUGAGCAUCUUCCAGAGUCUCGAUUUAUCAAAGACCUUUUACUUUUCCUAUGCUUACGAUAUCACAAACACACUGCAACGGAAUAUGGAGAGAGAGAAACGAGAUGACGACAGUGAUGACGAGGAGAUCCAUUCUUUCAACCAUAUGUUCAUCUGGAACCAUCACCUCCUCCGCCCAGUCGAGGAAAUUAUGGAUAAUGUGUUUGAGUGGUUCCUUCCAAUCAUUCACGGUUUCAUCGACCAGGCGAAGAUAAACGUUUGUGGUGCUCGAAGCGUCUACGUGACUCUCAUUGCUCGACGAUCCCAUUACUUUGCUGGUGCCAGAUUCCUCAAGCGAGGCGUCAAUGAUAGAGGCAAUGUUGCCAAUGAAGUUGAGACUGAACAGAUUGUGGCAGAUUUAGUCACCUCAUCGUUCCAUGACAAGAGAGAAGGUAUCUUCAAUUCGCCGAGAUACACGUCAUACGUCCAACACAGAGGCUCAAUACCAUUGUAUUGGUCUCAGGAUGUUAGCAACAUGACUCCCAAGCCUCCCAUUGAGAUCAACCUGGUAGACCCCUUCUUUGCCAGUGCUGCUUUACAUUUUGACGACUUAUUCAAGCGUUACGAGGCUCCGAUUCUGGUUCUCAAUCUCAUAAAAAGCAAGGAGCGAACUCCCAGAGAGGGAAAGCUGCUUCGAGAGUUCUCUCAGUGUGUUGAAUACUUGAACCAAUUUCUCGUCCAACGGGGAAAGAAGCACAAGCUCCAGUAUACACAUUGGGAUAUGUCCAGAGCAUCCAAGUCUCGAAACCUAGAGGUCAUUGAGUUUCUUGAACGAUACUCUACCACUGUCCUGGAGAAAACGGGCUUCUUUCACAACUCCAAGGGCAUCCAGAAGGGUAUUUGCCGAUCUAACUGCAUUGAUUGCUUGGAUCGAACAAACGCUGCACAGUUCGUUAUUGCUAAGAAGGCCCUAGGUUACCAGUUGCGUGCCCUUGGCAUUGUGUCGGACGUCAACUUGUCCUAUGACUGUGACGCUGUUAAUCUCUUGACAGAAAUGUACCAUGAUCAUGGAGACACCAUCGCUCUGCAGUAUGGUGGCUCCCACCUGGUCAACACAAUGGAGACGUAUAGAAAGAUCAACCAGUGGAGAUCCCAUUCUCGAGACAUGCUUGAGUCAAUUCGACGGUUCUACUCCAACUCGUUCGUCGAUUCUCAGAGACAAGAGGCAAUCAACUUGUUCCUUGGUAACCACGUGUUCGAGCAGAAUAAGCCUCGUCUGUGGGACCUGCCUUCGGACCACUUUCUGCAUAACAACUACUACUUUGAUAACUACUACCUGAGGCGAUCAUACAUCUUCUGGUGGACUGAGAUCAACCUCUUGGUCAAGAAGUACGAGAAGUAUGUCCGAAGAAAAAAAGAACUGCAGAUUAUGCCUGUCAGCGAGAUCACAGAGCCUCUCAACUUUCCAGGUUCGGAUCAAAAGGAGCCUGUCAUGGAGGUAUUAGAGGAUAAGCUAGAUGCUCUUGUAUCAUACAUUCCACCUUACCCUGGCUUCUUUGACAACUACUGGAACGAAUGUUACAAGCCCCGUUCGCUGUCGUCUUUUCACAAGGUGUUUGCCUACAACAUGAACUCCACAUCCCGUUACAAUUCUGACGACAACCCUUUCAGACCUAGAAAGGAAAUUAAAGGUCUGGAGGAUAUCACAGAGGACAAGAAGGUAUCGGAAGUACCUGAAGAGGUGUCCAAAAUCCCAGAUGACCCUCUAAUUACAAUCUACAAAUACACUCUACAAGCUAUGGCAUAG